CCACUUCCUAUACACGAUGGCAAGCUCCGCCACACCGAGCAUCGGCUUUGGUUUCCUGGAUAACAAACUAAUACCUGAACAGAAAGCAGCCUUUGUUCUUUCCUGUGGAGCCAGCAAAACGAUGAUUUGCUGACCAAACCCCUCGCUGCACACGUGGGUAAUCUUCCCAGACAGCCUCAUCAGGCAGUAAUCAGCUCCUUGGCUUGGCUGGCAACAGCUCAUCACUUCUGAGAAACUUCACCAUCCUCAAGAGGCGUGGAGAAAAGAUGGGGACAAGUCCCAUGGAGCUCAAGUGGCUUUUGAUGUGGCUCUUGUUUGGAUUCAUCAAGGGGAACAGGCCAGGUGUAUGCCCACAUCUUCCACCUCCUGAAUUUGCUGAUGUUACUGCUGACAUGUAUCCACCACAGACCAAACUGUACUAUGAGUGUGACCCUGGCUAUGGCAGAAGAGCUAGUGCAUACCUAGGAAUUCAGUGCAAGAUUGAACAGCAGGGUGCUGUUUGGAAAUACCAACCAUUUAAAUGCUUUGAUAUGAAAAAUUUGUCCUCAAUGAUGGACUUAGAACUUACACAGAAGCCAGAAACAGAACAAAUGAGCACUGCACCCCAGAAGCAAGAAGACCUUUCAGAGUCCAAACCAAAAGAUUUCUGUGGUCCUCCCAAGACUAUUCCACACGCCUCCAUAAGGCUGCCCCAACAGCAUUACGUGGGACAAGUCUUACAUUUCAAAUGCCAGACAGGUUAUGAGAAGAGACUCCCCACCUUUGGCAGCAGGAUGUGCAAGGAAGUGGAUGGCAAAACCUUCUGGACCCACCUUGAUAUGAGAUGCACCAAUGACAGCAACCAGCAGCCACCACAGACCAUUGAGCCAGGUUUGAGCCUUCUGUCCUCUUUCCCUUCCUCAUCAGGGACACUGCCAGUUACAGGUUUUACAGCUAUCUGGUUUGUUCUGCUUAUCAUUCCCACUGCCUUUGUGUGACUCACCAAGCAGCCAAUAAGAUUAGCAUUUAAUUUAAGACAGGAAAUUCCCAGCAGGACCUCCUGUGAGAUUCAGAAAUGACCUUCAUGCCUUUGGUCAUCAGUUCCCAGGAAAAAGCCUCUCCCUGCAGGUGAGAUGAAGAGCUGUGCAUUUUCCCUGGAGGAGCAGCUGGAGAUUGGCCUGGCAGUGCCACAAACAGAAAGUGUUUCAUGCAGAACCACAGACAGUACAUUUGCUGCCUACAUGAGAGAGAUCUAGGAGCUCCCAUGUGUCUGACCCAGCAGAUGGGGAUGGCAUCUCCUUUGACCAGGGGAUGGCAAAGCAGCAGGAAGCAGCUCCCAGGCUGCCUUCCCAAUGAGCAGCCAAAGAUAAUCCUGGGUGGACCAAAGGAGUUUUGCCCAGCAGAGGCCAGGUUAUACAAAUGUCUUCAUUUUCUUGUUUCCUUCACUUCCAGAACAGCACUUGACAAAUGGUUCAUUUAAUGCAAUCUGUACCCCUGGUGUCACUGGAAAAGGGCUAAGCCAGCUGGGUGAUGCAACACUUAGGAGUGAAGUGGCUUGAGGUGGCAGUGUCUCCUCAAGCUCCCAGCAAAAAUCAUGCUCCUAUGCUGGUUAAAAUCCCUGUGACACACUGGAGCCCAGAGCUCUCCCCAAAGAUGGACAGACACAGAGCAAACUGCAAAAUUAGCCUGCCAUGGCCGUGCAGCAGCAUCUUCCCAGGGAACACAGGGGCUUUCCACCCCACCGUGGGCAUGGAGCAGCUCUGGGCUCAGCAAAGGGCUCCAUCCCUACUGCCCAGGGGGCUGCAUCACAGCAGGCUGAGCAGAAAAGAGAGGCAAUGCCAGAUGAAAGGUGCCUGGCAGCAUGCUUGUGGAGCUGGGGCAGCCCUCUGCUCAGCUCCAAGCUGAGUUCCUGUGGGAAGCACCUCUAAUGCCUGUGGGAAGGCAGCAGCCAGGCUGAUCCUUUAUUUUGUGCUUUCCAAGUAUUUAACCUCCUGCUGAGGAAGGCAGGGCAUUUCUGCCAAAGAGGCAGAGGACUCUCUAAUGCCUCUGCUGCUGUCUGAGAAUGGCUAUUUUUUUAGGAACUCUAGGAAGGAAGAUGUGUGGGAUUUCCCAAACAGGGUUUGGAGUGAAUUAGUCCAGGAGUUCUGCCAAUACUUGUUUUGUCCAGAGGAAUUUUGCACUGUCUGGGGAGGGGUUGUGGUAUUCACAAUGCUCCCACUCUGUUCAAAAUAAAAUAUUUGAUGUUGCUUCUCAA